AUGGGCCAGCCGUCAAUCCCCCCUACCCCCAUCUCCGCCAGUGUGGCCGGUAAAACCGCCAUCAUCACCGGCGGCAAUACGGGUAUCGGCUAUGAAGUCGCUCGCCAGCUCCUCCUGCUUCAAGCAUCACGCGUCAUUAUCACCGUCCGAUCAACCAGCAAAGGUCAGGAAGCCGUCGCCUCACUACGCGCCCACCCGGAAGUGGAAAAAGCCAACCCGACUGCCACGAUCGAAUUCUUCAAUCUCGAUCUCGAUGAUUUUGAAUCCGGCAUGGAGUUUACAAAAAGGGUCCGCGCUGAGGUCCCUGAAUUGCAUGUUCUUAUCUGCAACGGUGGCGUCAAUCUGAUGAGCUAUGAAGCCAGCAAGAGCGGCCAUGAACGUGUCAUGCAGGUAAACUGCUACACUCAUUUUCUAGUUAUAUUAGAACUCCUCCCUCUUCUUCGCGCGACGGCAGCAAAAUCCGGAGAACCAUCACGUCUCACCUUCGUCGGGUCAAAUAACCACAAGUCCCACACGCUAGCGAAAAGACCUCUAACCGAUUCCGAGACUAUUAUCGAACAUUACGAUAACCGACAGACGUACAGCGGGUUGCAGCGGUACGCGGAUAGUAAGCUUGCCGUGCACGCGUUUGUGCAGCGACUGGCGAGCAUCGUGCCAUCUUCGGAACUUAUCAUCAACGAUCCCUGUCCUGGCAUGGUGGCUACCAACUUCGAUCGUGGACUGCCGCUCUGGUUCAAGUCGAUUAUGUUGGUGGUAAGAGGCUUGAUGGCGAGAACGGUCGAUGAGGGGGCAAGAACAAUUAUCUAUGCGGCUGUUGUUGCCGGACAGGAGACUCAUGGGAAGUUUUUGCAGAGUAACCAGGUGGAUGCCGGCGCACCCAUCUUCCAGGAGAAAGUCGGACAGACUUUUAUCGAGAGAUUGUGGAAGGAGACUAUCACAGAGGCUGGCCGGUAUGAUGCCAAAUUGCAGAGUUUCGCUUGA